UUCACUGUCUAAGCUGACUCUCUUGAAUCUGUUGCACAUAGUAGGUGGACCUCUGUGGUACCAUUUCCUACAUGCCAAAGACAACUAGCAGGAACACAAGAUGAAGGUCACAGUCACCAACUUGUUGCUCUGCACUGCCCUCCUUGCAACUACUGGGUCAGGCUUCCCAUUCGAGAGGAAGGGGUCAGCUGGAAAGGAGAAGAGGGUCCAGUAUGCCGCGUGGGACGAUGUGAAUGUGCUGGCGCACGGGCUACUGCAGCUGGGCCAGGGGCUCAAAGAGCAUGUGGACAAGACCAAGCUCCAGGUGAGAGACAUCACUGCCAAGCUGAAGUCUUUCAACAGCACGGUCACUGACCUGGGCAAGCUGACCCUACGGCUGCAGGAGGACAACAAGGUGCUGAGAGCAAGGACCGAAGGUCUGGAGGAAAGAGAGAGCCAGGUCCUUAACGUCUCAUCAGAGCUGCGAGAGAAGGCUGAUGAACUGCUGACAGAGAAACAGAGGGUCCACGAGAGGAUGAGCCAGCUGGAGGAGAAAAUGAAUAAUGUGCUGCAAGGAGAGGGGUUGCAGGGCGCCAGUGGCAACUCCACUGAUGCACGGACCAUCCAGUGGAUGUUGGAGGCUCAGAACCGGCGGAUAGAUGAGCUCGUAGACAGAAUAAAACAACAGCAGGAAAAACUGGACAAGCAGAACAUCCGUAUUCGAACUCUUCAAAAUCAGAUACAGAAUAACAUGCAGUCAUUUCUGAAGCGGAAAGGCGAUGUCAUCCCUCAAAACGGCAGCAUCGAACAACACGAUUCACCACAAGAUAUGGCCUCUGACUGUCACGAACUUUUUCUGAGAGGGGAGACAAGCACUGGAGUUUACACAAUCAAGCCUUUGCAGUCUGAACCUUUUGAUGUUUUCUGUGAAAUGACAGCAGAUGGGGGGUGGACAGUCAUCCAGAGGCGGCAGGAUGGCUCUGUAGAUUUUGAUCAGCUCUGGCAGGCCUACCAAAGUGGCUUUGGAAACCUCAAUGGUGAAUUCUGGCUUGGCCUAGAGAAGAUGCAUUCAUUGUCAAAAGAUGGUAACUACAUCCUCAAGGUCCAGCUCAGCGACUGGAGGGAUGAGCUGGAGACCAUCAAGUACCCCUUCCGUCUGAGCGGGGAAGAGAGCCACUACUCGCUGCACAUCCUGGACAAUGCCUCCAAGAAUCUGGAGAGUGCGCUCGCUAAUGACCCUACCGGCUUGCCCUUCUCCACCCGCGACAAAGAUAAUGACCAGAAAAGCGACAUCAACUGUGCUAAGCACCUUUCUGGCGGGUGGUGGUUUAGCAACUGUGGUCACUCCAACCUGAAUGGCAGGUACUUUGUUACCCCACCACCCAAGCAGAGACACCAGAGGAAACAGGGAGUGUUCUGGAAGACUUGGCGCGGCCGCUACUAUCCUCUUAAAACAACAACGAUGAUGAUUGCACCCUCUGAGAUCGAGAACAAAUCUUAGAGUGUGUGGAGUGGCUUAAAGCGAGAUGUUGAACAAAAGAGUCAUGCACUACUGAGACAUUGUUUAAAAUAAGUCACAUUUUGCAGUGAUCCAAAUAGUUAAGUCCAAAUUUUGGUUCUUAAGAAAAAAGGUGCUAAAUUCAGAGAUUUCUGUUAAGUGUCCACACCAUUUCACAGUGAAACUUUU